GCUAACGCGGUUGGUCGUGCAUGUAGUGUCCAGACGUUCGCUGUGCUCAACGCCGUCGCGCGGGACAAGCUGGGGCAGGUGCUGGCGCGCGUGCUGGAGAAGAUGGCGGCCAAUGAGAGCGAGGUGUUCACUGCCAGCGAGAUGGACCAACUGCAGUCGAUGCUGGGGCUGUCGGCCGUGCAGAUCGAUGAGGUGGUCGCCGUCGCCGUCAAGAUCUUCCGGGACGCCGCCACUUUCGGACACGUGGACCGGAAUCUGCUGCUGUCGAGCGGAGUGGACGACGCUGUCGCUCAUGCUGCGGAGAAGACGUGGAGGAAGAAGGGCCGCGCGGUGGCGGGGCAGAUCGCUGCAUUCCACGCGGUGGAGACCCCGUCGCUGGUGCUGCAGAAGACGGACUGGCGUCUGCACCUGGAGAUGGGGAGCAGCAAACUCAGCGGACAGUCGCAGCCCACGGCCAUUUUCCAACUCGAGGUGGCGGACAUGAGCUCGCCCACGAGCGAGACGGAGAGGCUAGAUGUCGAGUUAUCGCAUGCAGAGCUGCGCUCACUGUUUCUGCAGCUGAAUGCCUGCCAAGCAGCGCUGGAUACGCCUCCAGCGCCGUCCGCAGCGUAGAUGUAGCGCCUUCAUCGUGCCUGAUCAGUCUAUAUCGUACACGUCUUUUCACUAGU